CAAACAACAAUAAAUACCACCGAAGAAGAAGUUGGAAAGUUUGUUUGGAAAAUGGCGGGUGCUUUGAAGGAAGAGGAACUCGCUCGACGUGUUUAUGCUUCUCUUCAGGCACUGUGCUGCCCCCUGGUGGACGGUCUGUACCUGCAGGAGGCAGACAGCAUGCUGCAGCUCCUGUGUUCUCCAUCUCAGCACCGCACAGACAUCCUGUCCUGGAUCUGCAGCAGCAUCAAUCCAAACUUUGGUAACUCGAAGGUGAGGUUGGUGAGAUCCAAAGACCCAGAAGAUUUGACUAAAGACAUGGUUUCGCUCGGACACGAGAUGAUGCUGUGCAAAGCAAACGACCUGGACCUGAUCAGGGGCCAUGCGAGUCCUUGCAAGCAGCUUCGGUUUCUGGAGCAGCUCUUGUCUUUAGUCCCGGGCUGCACGAAGUCUGCAGGACGACGGACGGACACAGAGAUGCUUCUGAACGAACUGUACGCCGCAGAGAAUCUGCCGCUCCUCGCUCAGAUGCUCGAACCCUCCUUUGACCCCUGGCCUGCACACACCAAGUACCGGGCGUUACAGAAGAACGUUAAGUCAUCGUCUAAACCCUCCAAAGAAGAAGAAGGAGCAGCUGAUGUGGCGGCGCUGCUGCAGCAGACGCAGGACGCUCUGCAGCAGCUGCAUUCAGAGUGUGACUUCCUGAGCCAUGGAGAUCAGAGUCCCGCCGUCUUAUCCCCGAGUUCGCUGCGUGUGGCGGCGUGUGACCUCCAGCAGCUGAUGUCGACCUUCAGCCAUGUUUACGAGUCAGACCUGAGGUCGUACUGCAGCAGAGACCCGCCCACUUUCAGCGCCGAGACCGAUGUCUUCAAGAGAGUUCACAGACUACUGCUGGCCUUAAUCACAGAACUAGAUUUGAUCAAAGAGGUCUCAGCAGCUUCGGCGUGCGUGUCAGAGGAGGUGGAUCAGCUGCAGAAACGACCUCGUUACUGGAGCCGAGGAGAGAAACACUCGUUAGAGCAUCAGCUGGAAGGACUCGCCGGGCGGGUUAAAGACUUCUCCUCUCUGCUUCACUCCUCAUGACGCCCUGACAUCGAGGAGACGAGGAGUGUGUGAUCUGUAAAUGUUCAGACAUGUUGUUUGUGUUUUCACGUCUUUUUCACCGUCUCAUCCCUAAAUGUUUGUCCUUUUAUUCUUUGAGUGUAAAUGUGUUUGUUAUGAAACUAAGUAAAUGUUUACUUCAGUGUGAUGUCAUCGAUGUUCCUAUCUGUGAUCGUCCAGACUCAGUUAAUAAAGAGUUAAAUUAAAAUCCA